UCUUGAUUCCCCACUACAGAUUGGGAACACAGAAAGUCGAGAAGGAGCUCAGAAAAGGGUGAGGGAAACAGGAAAACUUUUUCUUCUCUUUCCCUGCAGCAGUUGCAGGUUAAACAGCUGCAUGGAUGCCUUUGAAGGUAUUUUCUCAAGAUGCAGAUGUGAGUUUGGGAUGUAACAUCCCCAGAGAAGACGCAGAGCAGGAGGAAGAAGAGGAGGAAAUGGCAGCUUCUCAGGGGCUGCUGACAUUCCAGGAUGUGACCAUAGAUUUCACGCAAGAGGAGUGGGAAUGCCUGGACCUCGGUCAGCGGGAAUUGUACAGGGACGUGAUGUUAGAGAACUACGGGAAUCUGGCCUGCUUGGGUCUUGUGGUCUCUAAGCCGGACCUGGUCACGUUUCUGGAGCAAAUGAAGGAUCCCUGGGAUGUAAGGAGAAUGGAGACAGCCGUAUACCCAGUCAGAAGUGUGUGGGUGGAGCUGUGA